AUGACGAUGUCUCGGCGGACACUCGUACUCUUUGGCGGCGCCUUAGUAUUGCGACUAGCACUACUGCUCUACGGCCACUUUCAGGAUCUUUAUAUGACUGUCAAAUAUACGGACGUGGACUACGACGUGUAUACAGAUGCGGCACGGGAGAUGAUGGAGGGCAAUUCCCCUUUCGAGCGCACGACGUAUCGCUAUACUCCAGUGCUAGCUUUUCUGCUGUUGCCAAACAUUUACGUGCAUCAAGAGUUUGGGAAACUGCUGUUUGUGGGCUGCGAUCUCCUCGUUGGAUACGUUUUGUACCAGAUUUUAAGACUGAGAGGACUUCCGGAUAAAAAUGCUAUUAAUUAUUGCAGUUUGUGGCUGUUUCAUCCAUUCUCGGUCAAUAUCUCGACGCGAGGUAAUGCGGAUUCUAUUGUGGUGCUUCUGGUGCUGCUCUCAUUGCUUUUGAUCAUGCGAAAACAACUUGUACUGUCGGCUUUGACAUAUGGCGCUGCUGUCCACUUCAAGAUCUAUCCCAUCGUCUAUGCGUUGGCAUUUCUUGUGUUUCUCAACGAAGACUUUCGGGCAGCAAAUGCCAUACGGGCCUCUUCGUGUAACUCUUUCUGUUGCUUUUGGAUGCAACUUGCGGGGCAGCUCAAUCGUGACCGCCUAGCUUUCGGUCUUGUGAGUGGAGGGAUAUUCCUCAUGCUUGCAGCGGGCUGUUAUUAUCUCUACGGAUUUCAAUGUCUGUACGAAGCUUAUCUUUACCAUUUCACUCGUACGGACAAUCGACACAACUUCUCGCUCUACUUCUACGAUCUUUAUCUCCGAUACAACACUUCAUCGGGUUUUGGAGUUGGUCUUCUUGCUUUCCUGCCUCAACUGACGUCACUUGUUGCAAUUUCAUUCUCUUGUGGCCGCGACCUACCCUUCGCAUUGUUUGCACUGACGAUGGUCUUCGUCAUAUUCAACAAGGUCUGUACGGCACAGUAUUUCUUGUGGUACACCGCCUUCCUACCUCUCAUUUUCCCGCUGACAAGCCUACAACUCAAGUGGAAGGGCGUGGCUAUGAUUGCUGCGUGGCUAGGAGGCGAGCUGCACUGGUUGUAUUGGGCAUACCACUUGGAGAUGCAAGGUGUCAACACUUUUUUUCCCCUCUGGGUAGCUGGCCUCGUCUUCUUCUCAGUGAACGUUAGCAUUCUUGCCACACUAAUGCGCUACCAUUCGUUCACACCCCUAUUCUAUAAUGGUGAAGUUCUUCAGUUGGUGCCAAGUGGCCGAGCUAAACUUGAAUAA